AUGCUGGGGUACUUCGUGGAGGCGGGAAGUUCGGUGCUGGACCGAGAGGAGGAACUGAAGGAAUUCGAGGAGUUCUUCGGGAAGGAGGAGAAUCAGCUGAAGGAAGUGUCGAGAUCGAUCGAGAUUGCAAGGCAGAAUAUUUUGCUGAAUAUUUCGAGGAAGAAGUUCAUGGACUUGUAUUUGAGAGAGUUCUUUGAGUGGAUUGUUUGUUGGAGAGUUCAGUACCCGAGUUUUGCAUACUUUGAUUUUGUUCGCGUGGAAUGA